AUGAUGGCACUGGGACGAAGGUUGUUCGCGUUGGUGCUAGUGAUCGGGUGCGCACUGGGGCAGCAAACUAACGAGAACGGCCAGCAGCCGUUUGACAGUCUGAGCCCCCCGACACCCGCGGUACCGACUGCGGCGGGUGAAAAGCAGUUCCGGGUGGUGUACGAAUGGAAUGUGCUCGACUUUGCCUUCACGAAUGAGGACGAACGGGCGCAUGCCCUGUACGGUGGACAUUACAUCCCGAAGAACGUGCUCAUCUCCGACUGUAAGCCGUUCGCGAAUCGACUCUAUCUGACCAUUCCGCGCAUGCUGCCGGGAGUUCCGGCAACGCUUGGGUACGUCGUACGGCCGGAUAACAAUGGGCGUACCGAUCCGGAGAUUGUACCGUACCCGUCCUGGGAGAUGAACGAGCGAGGCAACUGCUCGGCGCUUCAGUUUGUCCAGGGCAUCGCCGUCGACAAGAAUGGCAUCAUGUGGGUCGUCGAUUCUGGACGCACCGAAACGUUGACGCGUGGUAAAGAUCAUGUCGUCUGUCCACCGAAGAUCUUGUUGCUGGAUCUGAAACGCAACGGCACCAUCAUCCUACGGUACCAGUUCCCGGAGUCGGUUGUACCAGCGGGUAAUAAUUACCUCAACAAGAUCGUUGUAGACGACGCGUUCGGAGGGUUCGCCUACAUCACCGAUAACAGUGGUGCCGAUCCAGGCAUUGUGGUAUUCUCGCGACGACUCAUCAGGUCGUGGAAGGUGCGAGAGAACAACUCGAUGCGUGCGGCCCGUAAUGCGGUGCGGUUCGGCGUCAACGGUACGGAGUUAAACUUCUCGAUCCACAUCGAUAGUAUCGCACUCGGUCCGUACUACAAUCCCAACCUUUCCCCGGACCAACCGGUCGUGGAUACGCUUGUCAAUAGCCAGAACUACGAGCGUAACGUGUACUACAGCCCACUGUCCAGCUAUCACGUCUAUUCGCUUCCGGCCUCCCUUCUGCGCGACCCGGAGUAUAUUGGUCGGGCGACCCCGCGUGACAUCCUCGAAGCCGUCGUAGACUACGGUCGGAAGCAGUCACAAACGGACGGCAUGUUUAUGGACAACCAGGGUGUGCUGUACUACGGGUUGCUCGGUGAGCACGCCAUCGCCAAGUGGGACAGCUACAAACCGUUCACCGCGGAAAACCAGCAGAUCAUCGCGAAAGAUGCCACCUACAUCCAGUGGGUAGAUAGUAUGGGCAUCGACCACGAAGGCUACCUGUACGUGGUGGUUAACCGACUGCACAACUUUGUCGCCGGCCGCCUUAACCCGCUCGAGGUGAACUUCCGCAUACUGCGUGCGAAAACGGGCGCACUCAGCUACGUCUACACGCCGGACAACUUGUUCAACAGCGAUGGAAAGUUCCUGUACUCGGGUGCGACCGGCGAACGGUUCGCGGACAACGGGUUGCUGUAUCAGUACGAAGGCACUACGCCUGCCUCGAGCCGAUUGGCAGCGGCGGGAAUACUUGGUGCGAGCGGUGCCACGGUAAACACUUCCUUCGCUGGAUUUAUCGGUGUCCUUGUUCUGUGCGUCGUGACUGGCAUGAUUGGCCGGUGGAGCGUUGUUUAG